AUGAGCCGGAUGCGCGACGAAGACGACGAGGAGGUGGACGAUACUUUUCUGCACGCAGACAUCCCCAAUACUUUCCGCGAGUUGCGUGCCUGCAUGACGUGUUCUCUUGUCAAGACUUUUACGCAGUUCUAUGACACGGGCUGCGAGAAUUGUGCCUUUCUGCAGAUGGCCGACAACCGCCAGCGCGUAGCCGAGUGCACCUCUGCCUACUUCGAAGGCACGAUUGCCAUGAUGCAGCCGAAGGAGAGCUGGGUUGCUAAGUGGCAACGCAUCGUCCGCUUGAUCCCCGGCAUUUAUGCCAUGUCUGUCUCUGGGGAGUUGCCGGACUCGAUCAAGCGCUUCCUGGAGGACAGAAACAUCCCUUAUCGCGUGCAAAAUUAG